ACAACAAUCACGCAUGUACCGUGCGGGUCUCUCCGUGCAGCUGCCUGGGAAGGCUGCACACGCACAGCGGGGACGGUCAGGAGCUGAAACAACAACGACGCAGCCACAGGCGAUUUAAACGUAUGAGCCCACCGUAAAUGGGUUUAUCACCUCACCGGGACUCACUUUCGUCGCUGUCGUUCACUACAACCGAUCGUUGUGGAUGGAUUACAUUAUCCACGUCUCACCGAGAAGCCUCACAACGCCCAGUCAGCAGCGGCAGCAGCGGCAGCCAUCGCUCCGUCAUUGACGCUGGAGAUCACUGUAAUCUGCUCCUGCAAUGGCCGUCUUUAGUCACCAGGUGCUCUUGGCAGUCACAAGAUCAAGCAGGGGAUCAUAUUUGUUAUCCAAGAGGAACAGCUGUUCCUCUCUGUCCUCCAAAGCCUAUCUCCACGUAGACCCUCCUCGCCACAUCUCGUCCCAGCUCACGCUCAGGCACUCCCGCUAUGGCUACAAUCACUGUUACAGAGGCCACGCCCUCUGCCGUGGCCACAACUCCGCCCUGCUCGCCCGCUCUCUACACAGUUCAGGUGUUUGGCUCCAAAACAUAGAACAAGAGGAUGCUAAGGCUUCACCAGCUGCUACCCAGGAUGCUUCUCUGGGAGCGAAAAAGGACUCUGUGGCUGCUGCACCCCAGUCUCCAUCAGCUCCCGCUCCGACGUCCACCACCACAGCAGCUGCCGUUCCUCCGGUGCAGGAGAGGGCAGUCUUGAAGAAGUCUCUGUAUCAGAGGAUUGUGGAUGAGUUAAAACAUUACUACAAUGGCUUCCGGUUACUUGGCAUUGACAUCAACAUUGCAGGCAGGAUGGUGUGGAGGCUGCUGCAUGGACAACUGCUCACACGCAGGGAGAGAAGAAGGCUGAUGCGGACCUGUGCCGAUCUGUUUCGUCUGGUGCCCUUCAUGGUGUUUAUCAUCGUUCCUUUCAUGGAGUUCCUUCUUCCGGUCUUCCUCAAACUCUUUCCAGAGAUGUUGCCCUCCACCUUCGAGACAGAGUCCAAAAAGGAGGAGAAGCAGAAGAAAGGUCUGGCGGCUAAGCUGGAACUGGCAAAGUUUCUCCAAGAGACCAUCGCUGAGAUGGCUAGAAGGAACAAGGCAAAAGCUCAGACAGAAGACGAGACGCAGCGCUUCUCCACAUAUGUUCAGAAGGUUCGGGGCACAGGCGAGCAGCCCACAACGAAGGACAUUGUCCGGUUUUCGAAGUUAUUUGAGGACGAGUUAACGCUGGAGCACCUGGAGCGCCCCCAGCUAGUGGCUCUGUGUAAACUGUUGGAGCUGCAGCCUAUCGGCACAAACAACUUGCUGCGUUUUCAGCUGAUGUUGCAACUCAGAACCAUCAAGUCAGACGAUGAGAUGAUUGCAGCAGAGGGUGUGGCAGCCAUGAGUGUGUCAGAGUUACAGGCAGCGUGUCGUAGUCGGGGGAUGAGGUCUCUGGGUCUCACCACUGACCAGCUACGUCUGCAGCUGCAGCAGUGGCUGGACCUGCACCUGAAGGAGAACGUUCCACCAUCACUACUGCUGCUCUCCAGAGCCAUGUACCUGACUGACCUCAAACCAAAACCCCCCGUCAUCCCACCUGUUCCCAAACUAGAGAAAGCUCCUCCUCCUCCAGUGGAGAAUACAGGAGCAAACGCGACCUCAGUCAGUACUGACAUGUUGGCGGACCCUGCUCUCAUCAUCAAAGACAGGCCGGUGGAGGAGAUGAGAGACAAGGCUCCCGUGGUGUCGGACAAACCCCUGACUCCUGCUGAAGUCCUUCAGGCUAAAGCAGCAACCGAGGUGUCCCAGAAGAGCAAGAUGAGUGCCAACGGUGUCUGAAGAGGAGCAGGAGCCUCUGGACUGAACGGGAGAAGGACUCGCACAGCUCUGUCCUCAGGGGAGGAAAGGUCUGCUUCGUCUCAGCAGCUGCUUCUUUGUACCCUCGAACCUCUGCUUUCAUAUUUUUGCACUCCGUUCUCUGUAACUCUCUGUCAGAGCUGGACAAACCAGCCUGAAAUUUCACUGGAUUGGCAGACCACUGAUGGUGUGAUUUCUUUGACCUAAUGUCCUGGAAAUGAAGCCCAAACCACCCAUGGCAUAUCCUGGUCAACCUUGUGUUUGUCACCUUACAGUCUAGAUGGUCUCCUCCUCCUGUAAAUUUGUAAAUAUCCUGUAUAUUUUUGUCUCUGUCUUACAUCACAGCAGCAGCAGCUUUGUAUAUUUUGCUAUGCAAAGGCCUAAUGUCUUUUCUUUCUUUUCUCUAAGCAGUUUUAUUUCGAUACUUUCACCUGUUCAGGAUAUGAGAGAAUUCAUCAAUUCUUUUUCCAGAGAUAUUUUGCUGAACUUUUUGGUUCGGUUUCUGUCCCUCUGUUAUAUUUGCUCAGUAAGCUAGACCCCACCCCACCGCCAAAACAUGACACACUUUGAGCCUGGCGUUUAAUAAAAUGCAAAAGGUUCAGUCACUCAUUUCGUCUUUUGAUUUGGACUGGCCCUGCCUCUAAGCAGGGUGACAUAGCGUAGCUGCUUGCUGCUGUAAUUAUCCAACGAAGACUGGUAUAUUAUUAAGAGAGGUCACUCCUUCAACCCAGAGGUAAAAAGAAAAUGCAGAUUUUAUUUGCAUAAUACAGUGUAUGUAUUGUGUUUUAACACUAUGAUGUUACGAUUUCUUUAAGCUUAAAAGAGAAAAUACUUGAUUUUUUUUCCCCAUAGAGAUGUAUAAUUAACAUGUCAGAGAAACACAAAUCCCGAAGCCACAAUAAGAUAAAUGUUAUUUUUUGGUAUUGUGGCUGGAAAAAAAUUUAAAAAUAUCUUAAUUAAGCUCUCAUACAUAUAUGAUCCUAAAAGCUAUUAUUGGAAAGUUUACCACUUUAAUGUCUACUGUAUAAAUACAGUUUUGUGUGUGUUGAGCAGUGCUUCAGAUUUUGUAACCCUCCUCUACACAUUUGACAUUGUUGUAUUAACAUACAUUUAUUCAUUCACUGCAGCUGAAUGAAAGAUUUUCCUCAUUGACAUCUAUCGAUGGUCACCUCCCAUCAAAAAAGGAUAUUUUUUAAGCAAAGAUAUUGCUAAUGAAGAUUUAUAUUAUUGGUUUUACAUAUGUGCCUAAGGUUAAAGGGCGAUUGUGUUUGCAUUUUUCAUCAGAAAACAGAUUUUCUAUAUUGUACCAAUAUUGUUUGUAUUUUGGUUUGAUCAUCACCUCAUUGUGUUUAAAAAAAAAAAGAAAGAAAAAAGUUUUCUCUUUAGUGGAAUGUCUCCUCUUCCCUUCCCCAUUUGAUCCAAGUAUCGACGCAAAUCCAAAUUAAUCUCUUUCCUACAAUCACCAGUGUUGAUACUGAUGGAAAAAGCAAUCACCUUUUCAGUCAGAUCGGCACUCAGGAUGCAAAAGAGAUUAAGAAGAAUUAAAAACAUUUAGUUAUUCUGAUACCAAAUUUAAAAAAAACAAAAACAAAAACUAUUUUCUGCAGACAUUCUGAGUAAACCCAUUUACAUCAGUUUUUACCUGUUGGAUACAGGUCUGUACUCCAUGUUGAUGUGUUGCUCAGACUUGUUGAGUUGCUUCAUUUAAAGACUGGUACUGUCUACUGCAUUAUUAAAGGUUUGCACAGUAAUUACAACAUUGGGAAUUAUUUGUUUCAUGUUUCUCUUGUGCCUCUUGAGACUUGCUAGACUGAAAGAUGAAUGAAUAAAUGUGUUUCCUCACGAUGAUUGGACAGGAUGGACUCUUCUGCGUCCACAGGUUAAUCCUUUUUGUGUCACCUCUUCCUCAUCCAUCCAUUCAUUCAUUCAUCAGCAUGAUAGUGUGUUGUUAAUGAAGCUGUAGCUGUCUGGAAACUAUACCUACUGUUACCACAGAUGGUUUGGUACACCAAUGGCUGCAUAAUGUGUCCUCUUUUUAGUUUCUUUCAGUUCAGAAUUGCACUGCUGUCCAGUUACUUCUUACCCUGCAUUAAAUUUAUGCAUCACGUUAAAAUGGCAAAUGAGUGUCAGGUGAUGAAAACGAAGAAUUCACAUCAUUAAAAUGAUGAAACCCUU